AUGGUGGCGUUGCAGACGUUAAGCAAGAAUCUGAGCGAAGAGGCGCUCCGAUUGGGGGUGGAGGAUGUGCUGGUCUUCCUGGGCCUCGAGAUGUUGGGGACCCUGGCCAUCAUCGGGAACUUGUGUCUCAUCCUGGUGCUGCUCAAAAAUAAAUACCUCCAAAGAGCCAGGUGAGUUCACCAAUAAUAAAUAAAUUCAAGAUAGGUUGGAGUGAUUAUGAAAUCUGUCGAAAUGGACUGUCUUUUCAGCUUCAUCCUGAUGCUGAGCUUGGCCAUUGCAGACGUCGUGCACGGGUUUGUAACGACCUGCUUUUUCUACCCUCCUAUCAUCCUCAAAUACAAUUACGUUCCAGAUGUCGGGGUGCGGGCCUUCAACGUCUUCGAUUGGACGGCAUGGAGUAUCUCGUUAACGUAUGUCCUCCACACUUAUUCAUUAGCCAAUUGCAGACACAUGUCAGGUAUUUGUUUGGAUCGUCUGAUCGCCAUAAUGUUGUACGGAAGAUAUAAUCUGAUUGUCACUGUGAAACGGGUCCGUUGUUUUACCAUUUUCUGUUGGACCACCUUCACCUCCAUCAACGUGUUGUAUAUUCUGAUGCGGGUCUGCUGUCUGAUCACUCCUUUGCGCAAUAAUCACUUUUAUACGUUUGGUUACGGAGAGUUCGAGGAUGAAAGUAGGUUGAAAAUAAACGUUGAGGAUUCCUUUAAUGGCUAAAUAUUUAUAAAAAGACUCGGGGGACAAGGUGUUUUUAAUGGAUGGACUUUAAAAGAUCCAAUUAAGGCCAAUAUUUAGAUGCCAAACAAGCGAGUAUUUUUGGUCCGACGAACCUUUUUACGUUCACCUACUCCCCCCUUGAGUUGACCACAAUCGCCAUCUUGUCGAUCAGUAAUCCCAUAACUCUGGUCCAGCUAUAUCGUCGGCACAAAAGGAAGGUUGCCCUGAGAAUGUAAGUUGUUCUCGCCGGGUCUAUGGGAAUGAAUCUACUGUUUCCAUUUUUUAAGACAACAUCCCCCUCGGCCCACCCAACAACAAUCGGUCUCGGUUAAAGCGCGCACUCAAUGGCAGAGGUAUUCCGGCGGUUUUUUGUGUUUUUGGUUGAGUAGUUGGCCUGGACUAGCUGGUGGUUUUCCAUUUUCGGGUUGCUCUUGUUUUUGUCACCACAUUCCCGUUUUUUUAUUUUGGGCAUUGAAUCAAGACAAAUUAGCACUGUUAAUUUGCAUCAAAGUUCGUUUACUUAAAAAAAAUUAAUUGACUCAUUCCAAGCUUAAAUCAGCAGCCAUUCCAGCCACGCCAAUCCCCCGAUCCUCCAUAAUUCUCGUAUUUUUAGCUUUCGUGGGCUUAAAGCGGCUACCGUACAUCGCGAAGGGUUUGCGCUUUUCAAAUUGACAGUUUUUGAGUGGUCUUGCGCACUUGCGGUUCUUGUUUUGGAUUGCUGUUAUAACAUUAGCAUGCUGUUUUGCACCUCACCUUGUUUUUUGAUUGGUUUCCCGCUUUCUUUUGUUGUUUAUCCCAGCCGAGUGAUAGAAUGCUUGAUUGUCAUUUUUUUGAUCGGUUCAAACAAAUGCCGGAGAUGCAUCAGGAUGAUGGAUUUCCAAUCAUCCGAUGACGUCUCUAAGGCAAACCUAGUGAGCUUGUUUCAUUUAAUUUGGUUUUAGGGCAUCUACAAUGUUAUUGGAGAUGUCGAUGAGAAUGGGUUCGAAGCAUCUAAACAAUGACGUCAGGGAGCUGGCCUCUCGGAGGGCAAGCCGACAGCAGCAACGGAUUCUACUCCAGGUAUUGUAACCGAUUUUUUUAGCUUACUGUCAAAACAGUCUGGAGAUGACAUGAAAAAUGAUUUUGUUGUAGAUAUCGGUGGUGGCUGUCAUCUUCUACCUGUACAUGUCAACAUAUUACAUGGUAUAUCACGUAUUCGAGAUUACCAACAAAUGGGUGGUGUUGUUCAAUUCCUUCUUCUACUCGACCACUCACAUGAUCAAUCCAGUCAUCUACUUUUCGUUGAACAAAGAGAUGAGGAACCAGCUGGCGAAUGUGGUCAAUGAGAUCUUAACCAAAGUGUGCCGAGUCAAGCCCAACGAUGAUGAUGCCAUACGAAAAAAUUCAUCGGGGCAAAGGUAAUUCGCCGGAGUAGUGUGGAGAAGCGUUGCUUAUUGUGAUUAUGUGGUCGUGCGUUGUGGUUUCCAUGGUAAUUGCAAAUACCAUUCUAUUUACAAUUUUGUAUAGGUCAUCGAAUACGAAAGGCGGAGAGAAUUCGGUGACGGAGACCUCUCCACUGUGUGCCUCGAGUCAUAACAACACCGGGUCAUGUGCCCCCAUGUCGAUGGUCGAGCGGUUGAAACGUCAAGAAAUAAAUAAACAGAUCCAACAUAACAAUUCCGUCGCCUCGACCACUUCUCACACAAACGGAUUUGUAAAAGCGACCAGAAAAGAGUCGGGGACACCCGUAGAAGAAAGGAAAAUAUCUCUGGAGGAAGCUCAGCCAUUGAUUUCGUCGAAAGAACCACGAAGAUCGCUUCUAGAAAGUAUUCUACAAGCUAUGAAACGGAUGGCCGCUUUGGAAAGGAUGACAAAUAGAACCGAGAAUGGGCCAAUUACAUUAGCCAUGCCGUCUCAGAGCCGUUCCAUGGAUGUGAUCGGCGAUUUUCAUGAGACAAAGUAAACAUUCACUGUUUACACAUAAAAUACAACACAUUUUGGCUUUAACAGAAAGGUAAUUACACUUUGUUUUUAGGUUCGUGAUGAAAUCAUCGACGGUGCACGGGCUUUCAGACAUCGAGAAUUACAGUCAAAUUGAAACUACCAUCAAGGAGAGUCUGGUCACCCUCCUUGAUCAGAAUACAGUCAUCAAUAGCCACCAAAACGGGGAUUCCGACCACGUUGAGGACGAUAUUAUCUUUCUCUGA